CAGGAGUAUUUCAAUCAUCUUCGUGCUAAAGAAGGGAUCAAUAUUUUAAAAGAUGGAGAUCAGUGGUACCAGCAGUGCUUAAAUUUUCACCUCAGCUGCUCCAUGACACCCCAAGAAGUGCAUGACUUGGGCUUAAGUGAGGUUGAUCGUAUCAAAAGAGAGAUUCUGAAAAUAGCUGAAAAUGAAGGUCUUGGUAAUACCUUGCCUGAGAUUCUCAAGGCCAUCAACACAAAGCAAGAGAACUUCUUUAGUUCAAAAGUAAAUAUGAUACAUUUAGUUGAAACUUGA